AUGGAUAAAUAUAAUUGGGCUCAAGGAGUUUUGGACUACAUGUAUUUUGAAUUAGAACAGGCAAAGAAGAACAAGAAGGACCCAAAAAAAAAGAAGCAACCAAACAUAAGUGGCUGCCUAAUCCUAAUACUGAUAAAUAGUACUAAAGAUCAAGAGAAUGAUGAAGAUGAAAAUGAAGAGGAUGAUGAUGCUGCUGAUGCUGAAGAAGAAAAUGAAGAGGAUAAUGCCUUCAUUAUUACCCUUAAAAAUUGGAUGAAAAAUCAACACAGGAAUUGUAGAGUGAAGAGGAUCAAGGAGAAAAGCAAGAACGUGAAGCACAAGAAAAAAAAUCAAGAAACUUGA